AUGAUUGAUGGAUUCCAUUUGAUUGUAAUAUCACAAUAUUUUAAAUCGAUGAAUGACUUUUACAAUGUCGAAAUGGUUUGCAAAAAAUUCAAUGGGACGUUACAAAAAUUCCAUUGUAAUCCAAUCCCUGUUGAUAAAACAACAAUCAAACACUUUCCAAAUAUUGAGACACUCAAUAUAUGGUUGGAAAAAGACGAUGUUUUCGGAGUUCUAAACAAAGAACAGACACCAACAAAAAAGUUCUUUAGGGUUGUUAUAUGGUUCCAAGUUUCUUAUAAAACAACACAAGAAAUACAGGAUACAGAAGUUGUAUUCAAAAAUGUCUGUUAUACAAUGGACGAUCGAAUCAAAUUUGGUGAUGAAUCGUUCAUAAUUCCACCAACAAUUCGUUCUUUAGGUGAAAAAUGCUUUUCUGAAUGCAACAAAAUGAAUUUGAUAGAUAUUCCAUUACGAUUAAGUGGGAUAGGUGCCAAUUGUUUUGCACAAUGUUCAUCAUUAAAAUAUAUAACAAUACCUCCUCUUGUAUAUUCAUUGCCAUCACAUUGUUUUUUGUAUUGCACAUCACUCUCAUCGGUUGUAUUGCCAGAUACAAUAAAAUCUUUUGGAGAAUUCUGUUUUGGGUACUGUUUUUCACUUUCAGAAAUUAAGAUCCCCAAAAGUAUUACAAAUAUUGGGAAAAUAUGUUUUUACAAUUGUUCUACACUUUCAAAAAUUGAAAUCGAUAAAGAAGCACAAAUUAAAGUUAUCGAUCAAGAAACGUUUUGGAAAUGCACUUCACUUCUUUCCUUUUGUAUUCCUCAAAACGUCAACUCGAUUGGAUUUGGGUGCUUUUCGGAGUGUAGUAUGUUGACUUCAAUUUUAUUUUCAACGAAUUUAAGUUUUAUUGAUAAUAAUUGCUUUUAUGGAUGUAGAGCUCUUCAUAACGUCACACUGCCUAAUGCAUUAACAAAAAUAAGUGAAGAAAUGUUUGGAUAUUGCUCACAAUUAUCGAUUAUUGAGAUACCACAACGUGUUGUUGAACUUUGUUCAUCAUGCUUUGAGAAUUGUUCAUCUCUUGUCAGCGUUAAAAUACCAGAUUGUGUGACGUCUAUUGGACAUCGUUCUUUUGCAUGUUGCACUACUUUAAAUGAUGUACGUUUGCCCAACAAUGUAAAGAUUAUCGAAAGUGGCAUUUUUAUGAAUUGUUUUUCUUUAAGUAAAAUUGAAAUUCCAAGCUGUGUUUCAAAAAUCAACAAUUACUCUUUUUAUAAUUGUAAUUCACUUACAUCUAUUGUUCUUCCAGUCGGUCUUAUAUGUUUGAACAAAUCAUGUUUUGGAAACUGUUACAAUCUUGUUAAAAUUGAAAUGGAUGAGAAAUUGGAGUCUAUUGGAACCUCAUGUUUUGAAAAUUGUAAUUCUUUGAAAUCAGUUAUAAUACCCAAAACAGUCACUUUUAUUGGGAAGACGUGUUUCAAAAAUUGCAUUGGUUUGAGUUCUGUUGAUAUUAAUAACGCAUCCGUUGAAUUGUGCCAAAAUUGUUUUCAAGAUUGUUGUUCUUUAUGUUUAAUUAACUUUAAUUUUAAUGAGUUAAACAAAUUGAAGGCGACUUGUUUUGGUGGAGUGUCACUUCCGUCGCUCAAAAUGAAUGCUGAUGAUUUGGUCUUCGAAAAAUCAGAGAAAAUUGGAGAAGGAAGUUGUGGUAUUGUUUACAAAGGGAGUCUUCAUGGUGUACCUGUUGCUAUUAAAAUACCGAAAAAUCCACUUGAUGACAACCAAGUUGAUGCUUACAUCCAUGAGAUGCAAUUAAUGAAUGAUUCCCAUGGCCCAAAUGUCGUUUUAUUUAUUGGUCUGGUUAUUUGUAAUAAUAUUCCAAUGUUUGUGACUGAAUACAUCAAAAUGGAUUUAUACAAAUUGGUCCACUCGCCAAGUCUCCCUUCUGAAUACGCCAAACGUGUGUUAAACACUGAAUUAAAAAUUGAAUUGUUUUCUCAAUGUUGUAAGGCUAUCCAAUGGCUUCACAAUCAAAUGAAUUUGAUUCACAGAAAUGUCAAACCAACAAACUUUCUAUUAGAUGAGAACUUCAAAGUAAAAGUCUGCGACUUUGGGUUUGCAGAAAUUGCCAAUGAAAAGGAAAAGACGUUUGGAGGAUCACCGAUGUACUGCUCCCCAGAAGUGUUGAAUAAAGCAACAAUUUUUGGAAAGGAGAUCGACAUUUAUUCCCUUGGAAUUACAAUGUGGGAACUUUUUUACAUGAAAUUUCCAUUUUUUGAACACCCUGAAAUAGUUACUACUUACCAACUUCUCCCCGCUUUAUUGAGUGGAGUUCGACCAAUUUUACCAGUUACUUUAAUUAAAGAAAAUGAGAAUAAUAUGAGUAUGAAAAACCACUUGGAAGACAUUAAAAAGACGUUUGGAAAGUUGGUUGAAGACAUACCAAUCGAAUUUGAAAUUUUGAUGGCGAAGUGUUGGGACGUAGAACCAAAGAAUCGGCCUGAUAUUAACAAUUUGGUUGAUUCAGUUUAUGACUUAAAAUUAUCAAUAAUACUAAAAGAUACUUCAGCGAUGGGGUGGUGGAAAAAGACGUUUGAGAAAAGUGGAAGAGACAAAGAAGUGUUAGUUGACGAAUUUCUUCAGCCAUUGAUAAAAAGUUUUAAAAUGAAAAUGGAUGUUGUUAAUUGUUUGAAAGAAAAUAUUGGGGUGUCUUAUGAAGUUAACUUGAAGAGAUUUCAAUAUUUGAGUGGAACGUUUGGGAAGUUUUAUAGUGACAAAAGGUUGUUCAAAAAGAUGAUAAAAGUAUUUCAAAAAGAUUGGUGGUUUGGUGUGUGUUCGAAAGACGAAGCAAUCGCAAAACUUGAUGAUAAAGUAGAUGGUACAUUUUUAGUUCGAGAAAGUUAUAGUGUCGAAAACUCGCCUAUUACCAUCUCUAAAAGAAGUGAUGGACAACUGAAACAUGUUCGAAUUAACACGAAAUUAAACAAAGAUGGCGAUGUGAUUUAUUCAGUUAAUGCAGGGGGAAAGGAAAUAACACACGACAGUUUAACUGAAAUGAUUGAUGCACUUAUUGCACUAAGUUUCAUAAAAAUUGUGUGUGAUCGACAAGAAAUCGUAUCGAAAUACUGA